UUACAAACUUCCUUCCCCUGUCCUGGCUCCUGUUUCCUUACCCCUCCUAACCCCCGUGGAGUUGUGUUUUCUGGGAUCAGCAAGUAAAAAUCACAGUGGUCUUUUCUUUUUUCCUCUUUCUCCUAUAAACAAAGCUUUAUCACGUGUGGCCUUAAACUUUCUGCAAUUUGCAAAGAAAUGGCUCAAAGUCUCCAGCGCUCUCCGCACCCUGGGAGCUGAGGCGCAGGGCAGUGCCCUUGCCAGGGUGCCCAAUUCCCUCCAGACUGCCAGAAAAAAAGAGGCCAACUGGAAAGGCGAAAGAGAAAGAUUGCCCGGGUGAGACCAGACCCUUGGUCUUUUCUUUUCUCUAAUCUGUUCUGUCUGUGCCCACCAGCUCUCUUGACUUGCCAGAACUACUCAGAACUGCUGUGGAGUGUUGCCUCAGUUUCUUCUUUCAGGCUGUGCCCUGUGAUUCAGGCUUUUACUGAACUGUCUGAGAACUGGCCAGCUUUGACAGCUUUGAUCUCUACCUCCAGGAUAGAAGUUGAUAAUUUGACAUUGAUUUCUGCAAGACUUUGAUUUCCAUGACACUUCAGUAAAAGGCAGUGGGCUCUCCUGUUAGCUGGGUCAAAUAGGAAAGUCUCUCUGGUUGGAGAAGCCAGGGGUGGGAGAUCAGUAUUCUACGAAAGGCACAUUGCUCCUCACCAAAGUCCACAGGUACUGGGUAGACUCGUUGACAUGAAACCUACUCAACAUUGCAGGAGCCUGUGUUUCUCAAGUAGAGUUUGAUUGUUCUUGCACAGCAUUGUUUUGGAUAUCCAAUCUCAGUAAUUUAGUAGGCUGGGAUAAGGAACGUUUUCAUAAUGGACACCUCAUCCAAGAAAAACGCCCAUUUGUUCCACAAAAAUCCAGCGCGUCCUGUCAGAAGUCAGUCCCUUAAAGUGGGGAAUCCGUCCCCAGAGGAAGCACGGCCGUGCUGUGGCGAACUCAAGGUGUUCUUGGGUGCCCUGUCUUUUGUUUACUUUGCCAAAGCAUUGGCAGAAGGCUAUCUGAAGAGCACCAUCACUCAGAUAGAGAGAAGGUUUGAUAUCUCUUCCUCUCUGGUGGGAAUAAUUGAUGGUAGUUUUGAAAUCGGGAAUCUCCUGGUCAUCACAUUUGUUAGCUACUUUGGUGCUAAGCUUCACAGACCAAAAAUAAUAGGAGCAGGAUGCCUAGUCAUGGGAAUGGGAACAAUGCUCAUCGCAGUGCCCCAGUUCUUCAUGGAGAAGUACAGCUAUGAGAAAUAUGAGAAGUAUUCUCCCUCCUCCAACCUGACUCCCAACAUCUCUCCAUGCCACCUAGAAUCCAGCAACCUGUCACCAAGCUCAGUCAUGGGGAAGUCACAAAACAAAAUACACAAUGAAUGUGAAGGGGAUGCCAGCUCAUCCAUGUGGGUUUAUGUCUUCCUGGGAAAUCUCCUGCGAGGAUUAGGGGAAACUCCCAUCCAACCCCUCGGCAUCGCCUAUCUGGAUGACUUUGCCAGUGAGGAUAAUGCUGCGUUCUACAUUGGGUGUGUGCAGACCGUGGCAAUUAUAGGGCCCAUUUUUGGCUUCCUCUUGGGUUCAUUAUGCGCCAAACUGUAUGUUGACAUUGGCUUUGUGAAUCUAGACCACAUAACCAUCACCCCGAAGGAUCCCCAGUGGGUUGGGGCCUGGUGGCUUGGUUACCUAAUAGCAGGGUUCCUAAGUCUCCUUGCAGCUGUGCCUUUCUGGUGCUUACCCAAGACUCUACCCAGAGCCCAAAGUAGAGAGGACUCUGGAUCCUCAUCUGAGAAGUCCAAGUUCAUCAUAGAUGACCCUAUUAACUACCAAAUGGCCCCUGGAGAAGAAAUAAAAUUCAUGGAAAUGGCAAGAAAUUUUCUUCCAUCACUGAAGACUCUUCUUAGAAAUCCAGUAUACAUCUUAUACCUGUGUGCAAGCACCGUUCAGUUCAAUUCUCUAUUUGGCAUGGUGACAUAUAAACCAAAGUACAUUGAGCAGCAGUAUGGGCAGUCAUCCUCCAAAGCCAACUUUGUCAUUGGGCUCAUCAACAUUCCUGCAGUGGCCCUUGGAAUAUUCUCUGGGGGAAUAAUUAUGAAAAAAUUCAGGCUGGGUGUAUUUGAAGCUACAAAACUCUACUUGGGAUCAUCUGUCUUUGGUUACCUCCUCUUCCUCUCUCUGUUUGCCUUGGGAUGUGAAAAUCCUGGUGUGGCUGGACUGACUGUGUCCUACCAAGGAACCAAACCUGUCUCUUAUCAUGAACGAGCUCUCUUUUCAGAUUGCAACUCAAGAUGUAAAUGUUCAGAGUCAAAAUGGGAGCCCAUGUGUGGGGACAAUGGGAUCACAUAUGUGUCAGCUUGUCUUGCUGGUUGUCAAUCCUCCAGUCAGAGUGGAAAGAACAUUAUAUUUUCUAACUGCACUUGUGUCGGACUUGCAGCCCCUAAGUCAGGAAACUGGUCAGGCAUGAUGGGCAGGUGUCAGAAAGAUAACGGAUGUCCCCAAAUGUUUCUGUAUUUCCUUGUGAUUUCAGUCAUCACGUCAUAUACGUUAUCUCUAGGUGGCAUACCUGGGUAUAUAUUACUCCUGAGGUGCAUUCAACCACAACUUAAGUCUUUUGCUCUGGGUAUCUACACUUUAGCAAUAAGAGUUCUUGCAGGAAUCCCAGCUCCUGUGUAUUUUGGUGUUUUGAUUGAUACUUCAUGCCUCAAAUGGGGAUUUAAAAAAUGUGGAAGCAGAGGCUCCUGCAGACUGUAUGACUCACAUGCUUUCAGACACAUAUACCUGGGACUGACCACACUCCUUGGUACAGUGUCCAUUUUCCUAAGCAUGGCUGUACUUUUUGUUUUAAAGAAAAAGUAUAUUUCAAAACGCAGCAGCUUUAUAACCACCAGAGACAAAACAAUGGUGUCUUCAAGCUUCAAGAAGGAAACAUGUGCUGCAAGGGAUCGUGUGCAGCAGCCCAAGUACUGGCCAGGCAAGGAGACACGACUAUAGAAAA